ACCUCGGCGAAGGCGGCGAGACUGUCCGACAUCGACCACCCGGCCUCCCCAAUCCCCAACACCCACGCCCGUGCUGCUGUCGCUGCCAGCUGCCGCCGCCCAGCGACGCUACUGCUCACCCUCUAGCGCCGUUUUAGGCCAUACGCACAGCCCAAACCGUCAGGUCCCUGAGCCUGCGCCGCUGGUCGUACGACUUGCUGCUACCGCUGCCACUGCCGCUGCACACACACCACAUCGCCUUCCUCCAAGCCCUACCCGCUUCGGCGGCUGGGACCUAGCUCGACGCGGCUGCCGACCCUACUGUACCGCGGACGGAUUGACUGGCUCUAGCCCGCCAUCGGUGGUCCACCCGCUCAGGGGUGGCCCCUUUGCUGGGUGCCGCCCGACCCUGCCGAGCAGGCCAGGAGAGCCCCGGGCUUUGGGGACCCGCCGCCCGAGUCGGUCCGUGACCAUCGCUCGUAGCGGCUCGCUAUGUCAGCCCCAGCGCCGGACGCCGACGCGGGGCAGGACCAGCAUCCGUCUGAUGAGGCAGCGGCUCAGCCCGAGGCAGCUGCUGCUGCCUCGCUGGGCCUCGCAUGCAACCGAUGCCGCAAGGCAAAGCUCCGCUGCUCCAGGGAGAGACCUGCAUGUCAACACUGUAGAAAAGGAGGCCUCGAGUGUGUUUACGAAGCCAAGCGCGUCAAACCUGGCUUGAAGGGCGGCGCUGUCGAGAACAUCCACAAACGCCUAGAUGCCCUCGAUCGCGCUCUCCAGCAACAACAGCAGCAACAGCAGCGCGACCGAGAGGCCCAGCAGCGGAGAGAUGGCGCUGGAGGCUGCAUCCAGGACUCCGCCGCUCAGACGGUGCUGGCCUUGCUGGCGAGGGAGCUUCCUAAGUUGAUCGGCGCCCCGCAGCAAGCUUCGCUGCCAGCCCUCAGCGCGGCUCCCCCACGAAAACGGCCGCGAACAGGGGGCAACACGGACGAGGAUGAGGACGACGAGGAGGAUUCGCAGGACGGGGAGCAAGCAGCCGCCGAGCACUCAUAUGAUGACGACCUUGCGCUCCCUGUUACUUCUGCGAGCUCCCUGGAGCCCAUUGUCGCCAAGUACUUUUCGCACAUUCAUCCAUGGAUUCCGAUGCUGCAUCAGGACAUCUUUCGCGCCCAGGUCGCUCAAGCUACCGAGAUCCCCAAGAUCGAGCUCGUGCUCCACGCCAUGAUAUUCUCGACGGCGAGAUUUCUCCGAAAUGAGGAUCUCGACUUUGAAAUAGAAUCGCCUGCCUGGUCUUCGGAAAAGACCAGGAGAUGGAUCAUAUCCAAGGCUAUGGACCGCCUCUGUGUGGAGAGUCUGCAGACUCUGAUCAUAAUGGCAUUUACCGACAUCGGAAGCGGAAACGCUGCCAAGGCCUGGCCCAUCGUCGGGUCGCUUACUAGGACAGUCGAGUAUCUGCAGCUGACUAAGGAGCCAGAUGAGAGUGACAGACAGCUGCUAUAUCGCCCACGCGAGACGCUGCUGCCUGCAAAGGACUGGACCCAACUUGAGGAGAGACGGCGGGUUUUCUGGAAUGUCUUCAAUCUUGACCGCUUCUGCUCCGUCAUGAUGGGCUGGAAUACGAGCCUGACUGCCGACGACGUGCGCCGCAGGUUACCGUCAGACGGCCUGCUAUGGCGCAGGCAAGAGGCCGUGGUCACGCCGUACUUGGGGAUCUGGGACAAAUCCCGCGGGCGCAUUGGUAAUCCCAUGGCCGUCAUGUCGUCCCGGUAUCAGGCACCGGACCAGCCAAUGAUGGAGGCGGACCCCCAGAGCCCAUCCAGUGUGGCGAUGCCGCACAGCGCAGAGCCAGGUACAGCCCCAGCGGACAUGUCUCGAGUGGGCGCGUUUGCGUACUCGGUCGAGGCGACAGAGUCGAUGAGCCGCAUCGUCAGCUACUUCCUCCAGCAACGCAUCAACGUGCACUCCGAGUCCGACAUCAACGUCUGGCUAACAAGGUUCAAAGAGCUCGACUUACGGCUCGUCCACUGGAAAAUGCUACUGCCACAAAAGUGGAAGGGAGGCUCGGGUACGGCCGGCAGCGCCGAGGGCGUCGGUGGUCCCAUCGGCGGACGCGCCCCGAUGCUUGGUCGCCACUGGCUGGGGACCAAGAUGGACCCGAACCUGACGCUCGCGCAUGUGACGCACAACACCUCCAUGAUUCUCCUGCACCAACUCAUCGCCUUCCCACCUGCCAACUGGCCGUUUCGAAAAAGACUGCCGAGCGCCUGCAGCGUUGAAACGUGCUGUUCGGCCGCUGUCGAGAUCGCAACCAUCUCGCAGAACUACCUCCGCCUGACCCCAAGAACGCUGCCUGUGGCGAGCCAGCUGCCAUUCUGUCUUUAUGUGGCUGCGAGGAUGUUGUUGGUUCACUGGCGCUACGAGCCUGGCAACCAGCUGAUGGAUGAGUUCUGGAUCCUGGUUCAGGGGCUGGACGCAAUGUCCCAACGUUGGAACGGGAUCCAUGUCCCGCGCGAGAAGAUGGCUGUCUCAGGACCGGGAACUGUAGGAUCCGAGUCCAGCGGCACGCCUUCGCAGCCGCCGCGCCCUGAUGAGAAUGAGGCCAGUCAGCAGGCGACGGACCUUGCCGCGAGGUUUGCAUCCAAGCUACGGGCCUUCCACGGCCUCUGCUACCGCGAACCCAGUUUUAGAAUCGACAUUUCCAGGCUCACGCAGGAGAUGGAUCACGACGUCGGCUCGGGCGAUGCCCAGGAUCCAUACUACCCAUACAAAAUACUAGCCCCCCACCCACCGAACCCCUUCUAUCCGCUCCCACCACCUUCGGUCAUGGCCGGUGUUCCCAGCGGCAUGCCCCCUGCAACGCCUGGACUCAGCACGCAGACGCCACGGAGCCAAAUGUCGCUGGAUAGCAGCAGCCACAGUUCGAGCGGGUGGAACGGGCCAAACUCGGCCGGGACGCAGCUUGGAGGGCCGCUACCUCCAAUCCAGCCGACACCGAGGCUGCCGUACAUGGGCAUGUUGGGGCAUCCGGGCUCCGAGCCCGGCCAGGCAUACGGAAAUCAACACUCCCCUUCCCCCGCCACCCCAUCGGGGCAAUCCAUCAUGGGCCCUGGGGGCAACGAGAUUCUACUCAACCCCAUCAGCGAGGGCGGCGGUGCAGGUCCCCGUGGGGGUGCCGGUCAGGCGCAUCAUCAGUCGCAGUCGCAGGGUCACCCGUUCCACCCGCAUCAGGGUGGCCCUGGGCUGGCGGGCCACCCCGGCCAGCAGCUGACGCCGGCGCCCAUGCUGUUGGAUCAUUAUUUCUUGGACAUGGACCGUGUCAUUACGUUUGACGAUGGGAGCAUGUUCUCUUCGAAUCUGGACCCCGGAACUGGUUGGUGAUUUGGUUUGCUUUGGUCUCUGCCGUGUUGAUUCUGCCGCAGAUUGUUGCUGGUCUCCUUUCACCUCGCAAUCUCUUUUUCUUUAAAGCGUGUGUAUUGCGCCUCCUUGUGUACGAGCGAAUCCCUACGAAACGGUUCGGUUAUUUAAUCUUUUAAUGUCUUGCAUACAACCCAAGUUGAGGUAUCCAAGAAACGAACAAGUUAACACAAGAAACACCAUCUGGGCACAUCUGACCAACGACAAGCAAGAGCAUUGGUAUAAUCUGGGCUAUGAUCUUCAGAUAUAGGUGCGCAAAAUGGAAAGAGCCGCCGCCUGGGAAAAGCGAGAUGUGCGAGAGAGCUCAAGGAAACCAGAAGAGGGGGCUCGAGAUGGGAAAAUCAGAAUGCAAGAAAUUAUUCACCCCUGGCCUUCACGCGAGGCCCAUCCUCAGCAGACGGUUGCCAAAUUCGAGUAGGUAGUAGUCUGCGUACACCAGGCCGUGGUCAGCGUACCGCCUCAGGGCGUCGGGGUUGUUGUUAGCGGUGCCGUGCUUGAGGAUGGCCUCGAAGGAGCCGCCGCCGCCGCCGCAACCACCGUCGACGGGGCCCGGGUCGGCGUCGGCCACCUCGAUGC